CGUAAUUAUUAUUACGUCAUGGCAACUGGCUCCCACUACACACAGCCCAUUAAACAUGUAUUUCUUAUCUAGGGUAGACCGCUUUAAACACUACCGAGAAGCUGUCAGUCUGACGGAGGGCGGUUUCGUUAUAUGUGAGCCGAGGUUUGUGAGGUUGAGUGAUUGGUAAAUGGAGGAGUCCUUCCAAGAAGCGCGCUAGAAAGCGAUGCCACCGGUUUGUCUCCGACUAGAACUUGUUUGGGGGGUUGUAGCAUAGACUGUAUAAAACAGGUUUGUAGUCAAUUUUAUUUGAUCGCUGAGCAAAUCAAUCAGCAGCGGAGGUGAAGACGCCGGGGUGCUUUCUGCUAGUUAUGUUGCAUUUAAAAUGUCAUGUCGGUUCAUUGUGCUGUCUUUAAGUGUUUGCUGAUUGUGUUACAGUUCUGUGUUUGUGUCUCUGUUCAUGGUUGCUUCUAUGUGUGUCCUUUUUCCUCAUAGCUUCUGUCAUAUAGGCUCAUCCCAGCUUGUCUGUGUUGUGAGCUCAGGCGGACCGCCCCUCCACCCACCUCAAGAUGCACAUGAAUAACUUAUUAAACCAGUGCACGGAGAUCUCCAAGAUGUGUGAGGUGGAUGUUUCGUCUGAGCCCACCAGCCCGACGCUGUAUAGAGAGUCUUCUGAUACAUACUGCCAUGUGGACCGCUGGCAGAGGCUACGCACAGCUGUCCGCAAGCUAGAAUUCUGGGAGAACUUCACACAUGAGCUGAUUGGCAGUGGCUUCUUCUCAAAAGUUUACAAGGUAAUCCACAAUACCACACGGAAGGUGAUGGUAGUAAAGAUCUAUAAGAAUGAUGUUGAUCAGGACAGCAUUGUACGAGAAAUCAGCCUUCUGCAGAAACUCUCACACCCCAACAUAGUGAGGUAUCUGGGUAUUUGUGUCAAAGAGGACAAGUUGUACCCAAUUCUGGAGUAUGUAAGUGGAGGAUGUUUAGAGGAGCUGUUGGCCAGGAAAGAUGUGCCUCUAUGCUGGAGGGAGAAAGUAGACCUGGCCUCUGACAUCACCAGAGGGAUGAUUUACCUCCACUACAAGAACAUCUACCACAGAGAUCUGAACUCUAAGAACUGUCUAAUAAGGGUGACAGCGAGAGGCAGAGAAGCUCUGGUCACUGAUUUUGGUUUGGCUCGAGAGGUGGUUGAACUUCCUGCAAAGGACAGAAAGCUUUCACUUGUGGGUUCUGCUUUCUGGAUGGCCCCCGAGAUGCUGCGUGGGGAGCCAUACGACCGCAAGGUGGAUGUGUUCUCUUUUGGAAUAGUUUUGUGUGAAAUUCUGGCUAGGGUCCCAGCAGACCCAGAAAUCCUUCCAAGAACACAGGACUAUGGCCUGGACGUGUCAGCAUUCAGGAAAAUGGUCAAUGAUUGUCCUCAGCGUCUUUUGGAGCUGGCAGCCAGCUGCUGUCUGAUAGAGGCUUUCCGAAGACCCUCUUUCACAGAGCUUCAAGACGAGCUGGGUGAAAUCGCUGAGACUUUGGAGUGUCUUCACAAUGAUCUCACCACAGGCUGAUCUGCGGCACAUCCUCUGGUCUCUCAUCAGCCCUGCAAAUGGACACAAGCAGCUGGAGUUCUGUACAUAGACUUUAGCACAAUGACAAAUGCAACAGAACUGCAGAUUUAUCUCUGGGCUGUUUGCAUUGAAAGUGCAAAAUAAGGAAAAGGUCGGUAUUUACUUUCUGCAAGUAACUAAAUGGCCUACAAUUCAACUCCGCACAGCUGUACAUUGUAUAUACUGUGCAAUAUAUAGUAAUAGUCUACCAAGAGAAAUGCAGUGUCAUAAUUUCAAACCUACUGCUAUUUCGGUUUUGUAGAUGAAUCAUUUUAUAUUGAAAAACAACGCUAAAAUAGGUUUUGAGGUUUAGAUAACCAUUGAUAAAAGGACUAACUUGAGGGUCACAGGUUUUAAGUAAUCAAAUGAUGUUUUCAUAGGGUUCAGUAUAUCGAUACUUGAUUAAAUUAAAUUGUACAAGAGAAAGUAAUUUAUUUUGGUACCAGCUGCCCAAAUAGUAAAAAGUGCUUUUGUAUUGCUGACUUUUUUUGAAAAGCGACAUAUUUGAAAGUACUUUGCUUUUCAAAUAUAGAAAUUGAUACACAAGCAAGCACUCGUUACUUGUGGUUUUGCCUCCACUCUGAGCUGAGCUGCUGAUUUUUGGAAAUUCUCCAUAAGACCCAGCAGCCACCACAGGAUGAGGCCAUUUCCUACCUUCAAGGGCCUUGGUGUUGCCGCUGCAGUUUUAUAGUGCUCUCAUUGUGCCGAGUGUUUGUGAAACCUUCUAAUUUUUCUCUUCAACAUCAAAACAAAACAAAGCUUAAAUGUUCAUGGUCAUAAUGGCUGAAUAAGAAUAAGAAACGUGAGAUUAAAUGUUUUCAAGACCAUCCAGCUGUAGUAUUAUUUACAAAUCAGAAAACUUGUGCAUUUUGAUGAACACAGCAAAAACGAUAUUUCUAGCCAAUUUCAAAUGCAUAACUUGACACUGUUGAUUUGUACGUGUUCAUAUUUUUUUCUUGGUAUUUGUGUUUUUAAUAUUUAUAUAUAACAGAUGCUUAGCUGUUAAAGUUUUUAAAUCAUCAGUUUCGAUGCCUGUGAAUUGCCUCCUGAACAUCAUUCAAGUUAACUUGAACAAAAUCUACAUUCUGUGCCUCAGAGGAAGCUCGAGAAUCUUGUGGUGAGAAGUGUCACGCUAAUCUCAUAUUUCUGAAACCGUCUGUAUAGUUUGAAUCUUUCUGUGGUUUGUAGUGUUUU